GAUGCUAUAAAUGUAAUAUGACUUUUUCAACUCUCUUAAUUUUUAAGGGAGUCUUUCUGCUUUUCGUUAAGGUGGUAUCACCCGUUAUUCUGACAACAUUUUAUACCGCAAAACUCGGUUAUAGGAACAAAUUGGUUGAGCCUGACAUCUUUAAAAAUGCCUCUUUUGACUUAUUACCACCUUGUGCUACGGAAUGUCACGAAAUAAAUGUAUGUUCGUGUCUCUCCUACAAUUUUAAAGAGAAGAAAUGUCGGCUGCACGAAGUUUGUAUUCCGGAUAUUGAAGACAAUACACAACAGAAGGAUGGAUGGAUGUUUUACCUUAAACGUGAAUGUCCACUGGAAUUCGAGAAUACAAACUUUAAUAAGACGAAACCUUUCUUUCCUGGAUCAUCAUUGACUGGCAGCUGCAAACAGGGAUACAAAGCUCUUUCUGGAAAAGUAAUAGCAACAUGCACCGCCAAUUAUCAAACACACCUGUCUGAUAUAUGCCGAUUACUCCUUAAAGAUGUUGCCUUGGGUAAACCAGCAGAACAGGUUUCAACUUUUGCAAUGUACGGACCGGAAAAGGCAGUAGACGGAAUUAGAAGCACAACAUUGAUUGCUGACGAGGCGUGCACUCACACUUAUCUAAACGAGACAACCUGGUGGAGAGUCGAUCUUCUCAAUGAGUAUUACGUCACUUCCGUUAGAAUGCUUAACCGCGGAGUCGACGUGGACGGACAGGGUCAGGUUUGGGAUGUAUCUGAUCGUCUUAGAAAUGUAACCAUCACCAUAGGAGUGGACAAGAACGAUAUUUCUACACAGUGUGGCUUCUUUGCUGGACCGGGAACUGCGUCUGAACUAAUCCCGGUCGAUUGCCCAGCGUUCACCAGAGGGCGCUAUGUCCAGAUUUCCCAAGUGGACAGUGUUUUAACUCUCUGUGAAGUAGAUGUGUUUACUGUUACACUAUAAUUUGAACAAACAAAACAAACAAACAAUCA